AUGAAAGAAGAAAUUUAUUUGCAAUUUCCAUCUCCGUUAAUUAACAGAAGGUAUUCGAUGCCGGAAGAACUGAUGAGAAAAUACAAUAUAUUAAAAGAAAAAACAUCGGAUGAAAGCGAGGCGAAUAAAACGGAAGCUACGGAAGCCACAACAUCCUCGUCAACAUCGUCCUCGGCAACCGAAGAAACGAUACGAAGGAAACCGUCCAAAGUAACGGGUACCGGUUUGGGAAAAUCGGAUUCACUUGGAAAUAUUAAAAUGACAAGACUGCAAGAAGAGAGAGGGAGAGAUGUUAAAAUAGACUCAAAGACUACAACCGAGUCGAUAACAAUAAUAGAAACACCAAAGAGAGUAACGCAGACUGAUUAUUAUAGCCAAGGUAAAAGUAUAAUUAAAGUUAAAAAUACGAAAAAUAAUUCGACGGUUAAAGUGUGCAUGUGUCUGAAAGAAAAAAUGAGUUCAACAACUCCAUCCGGUAGAGAUGAAUCGAAUGAAGAUAGUGGAACUAGCGAUUCGAUAGCAUCUUCAUCUCCGGUACAGUUACCGAAAAGAGAAAUAUCCUCAGAUAACUUAUCAUCCGAAUCUGAUUAUAUCGUUUGCACGUGCAGAGAUAUAACGAGUUCAAAAGACACGAGCACGGAUAUAUUUUAUUCGGGAAAAUCGACUCUAAGUCAAACCGUAAGUGAAAAAAGUUAUUCAACUCAGGACAGCACGAUUAGUUGUAGAUCUGUUUCGACAAGGGGUAGCACACCGCCGAGCGAUUAUUCAAUAUCGACUACUUCGGAUGCUGGAAAAAAAAGUGCCAAAGACUCUACGACCUCUGAUUAUUCUCCCGAAACUCCAAGACACAACUCGAACAGAAAAAGUAAAAAAAGAUAUCAUCGCGAAGAACAUAAAAAAUUCUGUCCGAAAUAUUACGAAAAUAAAAACAACAACAACAACAGCAACAAUACCAAAAACUCAAGUUUACAACAUUCUUCGGAAAAUAAUAAAAAAGAAAAAAAAUUUUGUGGCACUCAUACCAAUAAAAAAAAAGAAAAUGAUUUGUCUCGGCAAAUAAUAGAUGCAAAAAGAGAAUUCGAAGCAUUGCAUGGUCCUAUAAAACAAGAUGAUGUUUUAGAAAUGACCGAAAAACAAAAUGAAAAUGAAACAGAUGAAAAAAAAGAUGAUGAAAAAGAAAAAGAAGGAGAAAAAGAAGAAGAAGAAGAAAAAGAAAAAGGAGAAGAAGAAGAAGAAAAAGACAAAGAGGAGAAUGAUGAGAAGCAAGAAGGGGACAAAACAGAUGGAGAUGAGGAUGCUGAUGUGGAAGAACAUAAUCAAUACAUUUGGACCAGAUUAAAUCAAGAUGAACUGUAUAUGAUGCAACAACUUCGAAAUCAUAAUUUUUUUGAAAAAGGUUUUAGCAUACCGAUCGAGUGCAAUGAAGAUUUUUGUGAAGUAACCGAUGUUAUAACGAGCAUAUGUAACGAACCUGACGACUCGAACGAAAGCAUCAUGAUACCCCGUUAUUCGGCUCUUCCACGAACCCUAUCAAUGUUAGUUAAUACUUCUUCCGCUGACAACAGCAUGCAAAAUUCGGAUUCGGAUAGCCAAAGUUUAGCCGACAGUUUGGAGGAUCAACCGACGACGCACAUUCAUAAAUUUUAUUUCGAUACGAAAAACGAAUCGAAACCGGUGAGAGGAGAUGUGAACGUGGUCCAAGAAACGAGAAAAGAGAAAAAAAGAGUUUUCCCGAAAGGCAAAGCGUUUUUUGUCAGUAUUACAAGUCCGUGUGGUGAAGUUGAAAUGUUGGAAGGUAUCAAACAAAUACCUCAACCCCCGGAAAAAAUAAAAAAUCAAAUAUUCGAAAGGCAUUUAAGUUUAUGCGCGAAACACAAACAAUCGAGAGAAAGGAAAAUAAAAAAAGAAAAUAAAAUAAAUCGUAGAAAAAAAUAUGCGAAAAAUAAAAGGAGAGAAACGAUGGAAAAAAUGGCGAAAAAUAAAAAAAAAACGCGCGACGAGGAAAAUGGAGAAGAAAAACGUAACGAAGAUCAAACGGAAACGAAUAAAUUAAAGAAGAAAAAAAAAAAAAAAAAAUUGACCGAUGAAGAAAAUUUUAAUGAAAACGUUUUCGUCACUCGCGACAAAUUAAAAAAAAAACAAGAAGAAGACGAAUCGAAUGAUGAAAAUGAAAAUUUUAAAUUGAAUACCAACAGGAAAAACGAAGGGAAACAACAAAAAUUAUGUAAAUGGUCAAAAAUUCCCAUUUUAGUGAAUAACAGACCGAUAUCAUCAUCGGAAAAAGAUUCGGACGGCGAAACGAAUUCGAAUUUAAAAAAAAAUAAAAAAGAAAAAGGAUUCGAAAUCGAAACGACGGAAAUAUUAGAAAUAAGGCGUGAAAACGAUGACGUCAUUUUAAAAGAACCGCAAAAUAUUAAUUUUUCAUCGGAAAAUCAAAAUCGAAUAAUUGAUAAAAAAACGGAUGAAAAAAUUCAAACGGACAAUAUGGCGACCGCGAUUUCCAAUUCAAGAUUUCUACCCAAUUUUGUUCGACAAACGCAACAAAAUCGAUCUAUCAUGUAUUUAAAUCAAACGAGAAAAUCACCCGUUUCUAAAUACAGACAACGUUUCGAAGUUAUUCCCGAGGAAAAAAGUAGUUCUCUAUCGUCGAACGAAGAAAAAACGACAACCGUCGAACCCAUACUACCCAAAUUCAAAAACGAUGCUUCGACGAGUCCCUCACUACCCGUCAAAGAAAACAAUUUGGAAAAUGUCGAGUAUCAAAAUUACAACGUGACCAAAGUGCCUAAUUUAAUAGUAGCUCAAAUAAAAGACAAACAAUUGCAAACUCUUCCUCCCUACGUUCAAGGAGUCAACGAACGAAAUAUAAUUUUAUUUUCAUCGAAACCGGAAAAUUCGAAUUCUACAAAGGGGAGAGAUGCUUUGAUUGCGAUGAAUCGAGAAGAUUUUCGUAGACUUGCCAAAGGAUGGAUUAAUUUUUACAAAUUACGAGAAAUGAGUGAAAGUUCGGAUGUUGAAAACAAAAGAGGAAAUAAAAAGAAAAGAAUAUUGAAAAACGAUUACGUCGAAAGGGAUGCAACCGAAACUGCAUCGAAAAUAUCCGAGAGUGGUAUCGAUACGAAAACCGGAAAUAAUAACAAUAAUAAUAAUAAUAAUAAUAAUAAAAUUAAACAAAAUCAAGGUUUGAAUGGGAAAACUCCGGUGCCGGGUAUCGAUGAAAAUAUUCGAUUUCAUUCGUCUAAUACGAUACUCGAAACGAAAAAAAAAACUGAUGUAAAAAAAAAACAAUCUUCUUUACCUGAAUUAACGACAUCUAAUUCGCCACAUCCUGAUGAAACCACAAAAUUAAAAUCUACCGUCGAAUCUCUGCCAAAAGUUAACAAUGGCGAAGAAACAUCGGAUAGUACGGAUAGUACGGAUUACAUGGAACCACCGAGUCCAAGAGUGCCACCUUUACCUUUGGAAGAUUUACCUUCGGAUGCUUCGAUAACUUCGACCGAAAGCGAAAUCGAUGAAUCGAAUCCGGAUCAUCGCAACAAAUCCAGGGUCAUCAAACCCUUCGAGGAUGAUGAUAAAAAGGAAAUCAUUUGCAAGCCUAAAGUAAAAAACGAUUCAAAAAUAGGAAAAAAAAAAGGAAAACGUACAGCACUGUGCCAAACUGAUUCAACCAUUGUUGAUUCUGAUUAUUAUAUAAUACACGAUCAAAUUGAAGAUUCUUCACCGAAGAAACCACUAUCGGGAAAUGUCACACAAAGGUGGAAAAAGGAUGGAGGAAUAUAUAAAGCUGAAAAAGAUCUCAUCGCACAAAAAUUAUUUUUUAUAUGGCCGCAAGUUGAAAAUAUUAUUAAAAAAGAAUUCCUCGGUGAGAACGAAAGGUAA